AGGGCGGGUGCCGGGGAGCUGGCUGCUGCCGCCGCACUGCCCCGCAGCCACUGCCCCGCCGCUCCCUCGCACUGCGCUCCGGCAAUUCUGUGGAUGGAGGUGUCCCACUGAGCCCCGGGACGCGCCUCCCUCCGCCAGGACCCGCACAGAUAAACGAAUCCUGAGAGCUGCAGCUGUGCCAGAAUGGAGGCCCCACUGGUGAGUUUGGACGAAGAGUUUGAGGACCUCCGGCCCUGCUGCUCAGAGGGACGGGAGGAGAAGCCCCGGUGUUUUUAUGGCUCAUCUCCCCACCAUCUAGAGGACCCCUCCCUGUCCGAGCUUGAGAAUUUUUCUUCUGAGAUAAUCAGCUUCAAGUCCAUGGAGGACCUCGUGAAUGAAUUUGAUGAGAAGCUCAAUGUCUGCUUUCGGAACUACAACGCCAAGACCGAGAACCUCGCUCCUGUGAAGAACCAGUUCCAGAUCCAGGAGGAGGAGGAGAAUCUGCAGGAUGAGGAGGUCUGGGAUGCUCUGACAGACAAUUACAUCCCUUCACUCUCAGAGGACUGGAGGGACCCAAACCUGGAGGCUCUGAAUGGCAACAGCUCUGACACUGAGAUCCAUGACCAAGAGGAAGAAUUCAAUGAGAAGAGUGAGCAUGAUUCCGGCAUCAACGAGGAGCCUCUACUCACAGCUGAUCAGGUAAUUGAGGAAAUCGAGGAGAUGAUGCAGAACUCGCCAGACCCUGAGGAGGAAGAGGAGGUUCUGGAAGAGGAGGAUGGGGGUGAAACUUCCUCCCAGGCAGACUCGGUCCUCCUGCAGGAGAUGCAGGCCUUGACCCAGACCUUCAACAACAACUGGUCCUACGAAGGGCUGAGGCGCAUGUCCGGCUCUGAGCUGACCGAGCUGCUGGACCAGGUGGAAGGUGCCAUCCGAGACUUCUCGGAAGAGCUGGUGCAACAGCUGGCCCACCGGGAUGAGCUGGAAUUUGAGAAGGAAGUGAAGAACUCUUUCAUCACGGUGCUCAUUGAGGUCCAGAACAAGCAGAAGGAGCAGCGAGAGCUGAUGAAAAAGAGGCGGAAAGAGAAAGGGCUGAGCCUGCAAAGCAGCCGCGUGGAGAAGGGGAGCCAGAUGCCUCUCAAGCGCUUCAGCAUGGAGGGCAUCUCGAACAUCCUGCAGAGCAGCAUCCGUCAGACUUUUGGCUCCUCGGGAACUGACAAACAGUACUUGAACACAGUCAUCCCUUACGAGAAGAAAGCCUCGCCUCCGUCGGUGGAAGACCUCCAGAUGCUGACAAACAUUCUCUUUGCCAUGAAGGAAGAUAAUGAAAAGGUGCCAACUUUGCUAACCGACUAUAUUUUAAAAGUGCUCUGCCCUACCUAACCUCGCCCCUGGGAGCAGCCUUGCCGCGGAGGUCACUGAGCAAGAGUCAUUCCAUCACAGGGACUGCAUGACACCACGUAACCUCCGGCGUGUCUUCAAACGUGUAGAGCUUAACCUGGAUUAAACACGAGCAAACGCGCGGGUCCUUUGCUGUUGUUGGCUUCUAGUCCUAGUAACCAUUGGGUGCAUGACAAGGGGCAGGGCUGGGGACAAUGUGGCCUGCCCUCCGCCUGUGUUGGGGGAGGCAGAUGCCCUCACCACUCAUUACGGAGUUUGGCUCCAGCCCUCAAAAACAGCUUAUACUUUAACACUA